UCUCUCUCUUUCUCUCACCUUCCUAUAUAUACACAUAUACUUCAUUCAAUCCACCAUGAUCCUUACGUUCUCAUCAAUACAUAUUCAACAAUAUUUUCAUAAAAUGGCAGAAAACAUGAAAGAACCUCGUCUUGUUACUAGGAAGUUCUUAGCCAAACCUCAACGAGAAGGUGUUGGUGCUGUUGUUAGAAGAAGCAUAGGAAGAUUUGAGCUCAAGUACUUUGAUCCUUUUCUUGUCUUGGAUGAAUUCUCAGUUGCUGCUCCUGCUGGAUUUCCUGAUCAUCCACAUAGAGGUUUUGAGACUGUCACAUAUAUGUUACAGGGGGCUAUAACACAUGAAGAUUUUGAAGGACACAAAGGAACAAUUGAAGCUGGUGACUUGCAGUGGAUGACUGCUGGCAGAGGGAUUGUGCACUCUGAAAUGCCUGCUGCUCAAGGAAUUCAAAAGGGUUUGCAACUAUGGAUCAACCUUGCCUCCCAACAUAAAAUGAUUGAACCAAAGUAUCAAGAAGUUUUAAACAAGGACAUAGUAGAAGCUACAAAAGAUGGUAUCAAGGUUAGGGUUAUAGCAGGGGAAGCACUUGGUAUAAAGUCUCCAAUAUACACAAGAACACCAACAAUGUAUUUGGAUUUUACUCUUAAACCUGGAUCACACUUACAACAACUUGUACCAAAAUCAUGGAAUGCUUUUGUGUAUAUUUUGGAAGGAGAGGGUAUUUUCGGAAACCAAAAUUCUCUUCCUACAACCUCUCACCAUAUUCUUCUUCUAGGUUAUGGGGAUGGUGUGGAGGCAUGGAAUAAAUCUUCUAAGAUACUAAGGUUCAUUUUGGUUGGAGGGGAACCAUUAGGUGAACCAAUGGUGCAACUUGGACCCUUUGUGAUGAAUACUCAACAAGAGAUUGAUCAAACUAUUGAUGACUUUGAAAACUAUACCAAUGGAUUUGAGAAAGCAAGAGAUUGGAGAUCUUAGAAUGCAGUUGAUCUAGAUUUUUAAUUUUGUAUGAGUACACUCCAUGAUCCUGUAAAAAUAAAUAAGAAAUUUAGAAAAAGUAGAUUAUAACAUGAAAUAAUAAAACUUCAUUGCAUAUGAAUUUUAUUUUCGAAA